AUGAAUUUUACACGGGCUUCACGUUUACUUCGGCAAAAGUCCACGUCGUCAUAUCGGGUGUUAUCAUACUCGGUUGCGCGCAACUUCGCAGCAGCAGCUAGUCGGGCCGACGUACCUCGACCGCUAUUAUAUAAACGCACCAAAUCCCAGGUUCCUGCUCGGAGAGAGCUGUGUACUUCUGAUGGCGUUUUCAUUGAGCCUACGGAAAACAAAGAAAAUGUAUGGCUCGGAUCAGGCGAGUUAUACUUGCUCGACAACAAGAAACCGAUUAAGCUCCCUCUUGCCUACCUGCGGGACGCAUGUCUAUGCCCGUUGUGUAAAGAUCCACAUUCUAAACAAAGAACUUUCCGAACGGGUGAUAUCCCCCAAAACAUUCGUCCAAGGUGGAUCAAAUGGGAUGGGAAAGAACUGUCAAUCAAGUGGGCUAAUGAUAUCCCCGGAUAUUCAACUGACCACACAUCUGUCUGGACCGGGGAUUAUUUGAAGAGACCCAUAUUCAACACUCAUGAGCGGGCUCAUUCCCCCGACGAUGGACCGCUCUUGUGGGGACAGUCCAGAAUGAACCGGUUACAGCAUUGGGUUUCCUUCGAGGACUAUGUCAACGAUGAUCAUGCGUUUACUGUAGCGAUGAAGAAUUUGAAGCGUAUGGGCCUCAUCUUCGUGAAGGAUAUCCCAGAGUCACGGGAGAUGGUUGAAAAGAUUGCCACACGCAUGGGCCCACUGCGUAACACAUUCUAUGGAUCAACAUUCGACGUGCGCACUGUCCCUCAGGCGAAGAAUGUGGCAUACACAAACCAAUUCCUUGGAUUUCACAUGGACUUGAUGUAUAUGAACGAACCACCGGGAUACCAGCUCCUCCACUGCCUAGAAAACUCAUGCUCAGGGGGUGAGUCAUUAUUUGGGGAUUCAUUUUCGGCAGCACAUGCUAUGAAAAUGGAAGCCCCACAAAUGUACCAACUACUAUCCGAGCACUGUUUGGGUUAUGAAUAUAAUCAUGAGAGCCACGUUUACUACAACAAGCGGCCUAUCUUUGAACUCGACCCUGUCACGAAAGAGUUGCUCCAUGUCAAUUACUCGCCUCCCUUCCAAUCUUCGAUCCCAUCGCCGGAUGGAAGGGACCAUGAUGUUAGAUUCGUGAGCAAGCUAGUGCAUGCUAUCAAAACGUUUACCACAAAAAUUGACUCGACAAGUGCCACCUUUGAGUUGAAGCUCGCACCAGGCACGUGUGUCAUUUUUGAUAACCGACGGAUUGUUCAUGCUCGUCGGCAGUUCAACGCGAGCAAAGGAUCUCGUUGGCUAGCAGGUGCGUAUGUCGACACGGAUGCUCUGCUAUCCCGAUUUGCCGUCUGCAAGCGACAGCACCCUGAGGCUUGGCGGUGGAAUGAAGCUACCUCCUAA